AUGGCAAUCACGUCUCUUGACGAGAUUCCAACCUUGUCGCUGCUCUAUAAACUCAAGAAGAUAGAACUCGAGAAUAGACAACCCAAGGGCAUACCGUCCGCCACUCUCAAUAACAAAAUCAGCAUAAUUCGACAAGAUAUAACAACUCUCGCUGUUGAUGCCAUCGUAAACGCCGCGAACACGAGUCUUUUGGGUGGCGGCGGAGUGGACGGAGCAAUCCACCGUGCGGCUGGGCCCAAACUGAUAGAAGAAUGCGAAACACUCAACGGAUGUGAGACGGGCAGUGCCAAAAUCACGGACGCAUACGAACUGCCAUGCAAGAAGGUCAUCCACGCUGUCGGACCCAUAUACUGGAAGGUGGGAUCUAGCGCAGCGGAGUUGCUAUCUGGUUGCUACCGAAAGAGCCUCGAGCUAGCUGUCGAAAACGGCUGCAGAAGUAUUGCAUUCGCUGCUAUAAGCACUGGUGUCUACGGAUACCCAAGCCAUGAAGCUUGCAGUAUUGCGCUAAAGACAGUUCAUGACUUUUUGGUCAAAGAAAGCAGUGCCGAGAAGCUCGAUCGAGUCAUCUUCUGCAAUUUCCUGCAAAAGGAUGAGGAUGCUUAUUUCGAGCAGGUUGCCGACUACUUCCCUCCUGUCUCCGAGUCAGAGCCCCAAGAGGAGCACGCCACCGAGCCCCUUGAGCUAGCGUCACAGCUUCCGGAUGCUCCGACUAUCGAUCCUGCAGAAGUAACAGACUCAGAGCAGCCAUCGUCCAAGAAGCAGAAAACUGCCGAAAGUGACGACGAAUUCGUAGUGGUGGACAAACAUGACAUUGAAAAAGAUAUGUCCAAGUCGGAAUUGUAG